AUUUCUACCCGUAAUGAUAAUCGAGUUGUCAGCUCUCCAUUUACUGUUUCAACCCGUAAGGAAAUGCAAUCCCUAAGCCUUUUUUGAGACCAUUACAGCAAUUUGACACGGAUAUAAGUCGUUAAAGUGGCGUCGUGAUCCAUGUAAUUUUAGUAUGAAAUACGGCGAACAACGAAAAUCAUUUUCAUUACUACUCUCGGUGUUAAUUUAACAAAACAUCAGGUGUCCCAAACUAUAAAAAGGGUCGAACACCUCUUAUAAAGUUUCGUUUGUACCGUACUACAUGACAUUGUAUAAUAAGCUGGUUUAAGAAUAUUGUAGAGGACAGCCACAUUUCAUUCCGGACAAGAAUGGUUGGAUAUUGAUACAAGUUCUGAGAGGACAUGUGAAGAGUUUUAUUGCCAGCCGUCUGUAAUGUUGACCACUUUUUUCAACCUUAUUUUGUUGUAUUCUUUGGCUGUUUGGAAUUUUGCUGCAGUAUCAUCACAAGAGUUGCCAACCGAUCUCCGUGACUCGAAUUGGAAAUACAAUAGCGAGGAGGGCAAUGGCUUUAUUAUUUUCUACGCGAAAAAUAUGGUGGAGAAUGGUAUUCAAUGGAACUUAGUUUCACUGACAGGAAAUUUUAUGUCUUUCCAAAGGAUUAAUAAAGUUACAACUGACACUGGUGAAAAGUUCCUAUAUAAAUGUUGGCUAUAUAAAAGAGUGAAAUCCACUCUUUACUAUUUUUAUCCAAUGACAGGGAUAUUUGAAAAUCAAAGAGCUCAUGUGUCAGCUGAUGAUCCUUUGGACGCCUGUGAUUACUGCACCAAUACUGAGGCUAAAUUACACAUUCUUUAUCGAGCUGAGACGUCUUGUGAAUGUACCCCUGAAUGUUCACAACUUACAAUAUAUAACACGUGCACGAGGGCAAACCAUGAUACAUCGUCGACAAACUGCGUUAAUGGCACAACAGCCGUAGAUACUACAACAGCUAUCGAGACAACGACAACAUUACCAAAAACAACCACAUUACCCUCUACUACAACAGAAACAAAAGAAGAGACAACAACACCGCCAAUGACUACAACCCCAUCAUCUUUUACUACAACAACAAAAGAUACAACGACAUCAUUACAAAACACUACAACCGCAUUAUCUUCUACAACUACAACAAUAAAAGAAACAACAAUAGCAAGAAUAAAUUUGACUUCCACGUUAGAGACAACAGACCCACCUGCAACAACAACAACAGUAUUGCCGACAACUAUUUUGACAUUGCAGACGACAGCAGAAGCACCUUAUGACCCAAUCACCGCAACAAAAUCAACAACGUUACGUCCGGACGAAACAAACGAAGAAACAUCAACCAAUCGCAAAAAAAAUAUUUCCGCUCUGGACAGACUAGGACUAAACGAGGAUGCUUUUGUUGGUGUCGUGUCCGGUAGUCUGCUCUUUGUUUACCUUGUUGUCGCCAUUGUAGGGUGUGCCUGUUGUGUGUUCAUUUUGGGAAGAAGGAGGAAUCGAAAAAGAAAGGAAAAGGAAUCGCAAGAAAAUCUGGUUCCCGAAAGAGCAAAUCAUUUUCAAAAUAAGUCAUAUUUAGAUUCUUUACCACAAGUAUUUCAUCGCAUUGACGAGUAAACGUAUUGGGUUUUUAUUAAAAGAGUUACAUGUGUAUGUAUAUAUGACUCUGUUUAUUUAUUUGAAAGAUAUUGAUGUAUUGUAAAAUUUAUUUUUGACUUGUAUUAAUUUUACAAAAAUCCAAGGAAUUUGACAGAAAAAGAACGCGAUGAAUGAAAUAAAAGCAUGAAUGAUAUUUAUGACAAUUCUCUUCUAAAUUAAAUGUACUUUUAGAAUUGUAAUGCAACUUUUGCACUUUUAAACUAUGAAACUAUUUUUUUACGUGUAGAAUUCGAUAUGACAAUUCGAAGUAUGUGUAUUUUGAGAGCAAAUACAAGUGGGUGUAAUGCUUUAAAUCUAAUGUUGUCAUCAUAAUAAUCUCUGUAGAGAUACAAUCGUGUCAUUUCAGGGCGGAGGACAACUAAACGCGAUCAAAUGGCAUAGAACCGAUAGCAGAUAAAUCUAUUUUUUCAUAAAAAUGUGCGAACUCAUUAUGCGGAUUUCAAAAUAAAAAAGUUCACAAGUCUGUGUUGCAAAAUAAUUAUACAUCGAUGUUUUUAUUUCUUUAAAACUGAAAUAUAAGUAAUAAGUAAUAUUUUUUUCAAUUGAUUUAAGAGUAUUUUUGAAGAUGAAGAUUAAACGGCAUUUUUACAUUAUUAAUGAGCGGUGUUCCGACAACUUUAAUGACUGCAUACUCUAAAAAUUAUUCAAGACAGAGAAAUAAAAUGAGUCUCUUUAUUUGAAACAAAUACCAUGAAAUUUGCGUUGGUCAACAAACAAGUAACAACGCAUUUAUGAGUUCCUGUACCUGCUUCGUGCUUUGUUUAUACGUUUUAUUUUAGAAUUAUGACAACAUAAACGAUUCAGUAUUUAAAAAUAAGUUAAAAUCGUUAAUGAUACUGAUUUUUUCUUCUUCGAGAAAUCCUGUCUCUCGUGUAACGUUUAUUAUGCAGGUUGGUUGGUUUGUCGACAUAAACACACCUUUAUCCAUAAUAUCAAUAUACUAAAUAAAUAUAUAAAAGUGACAAUUGUUGUAAGAGGACAUCUUGAUUUGAUUUGGAUUGUUUGCGUGGCGCUUGAUCGAAUCUAGGUCCCCGAAAAGCUUUUAGAGUUGUUGGGGUUUUUUUUAGAAAGGUAGGCGGGGGAAGGUUUGAACAACCCAUAUUACUCCUGCUCGUCUUCCUCUUACUUCUAGAAAAAGGUGAAAAAAUUCGAGGCGGUUAAAGCUUCGAAAAAAAGUAAUUUAAUGAUAAAUCUGUAAAAAUCGCACGCAAUAGCUCAUUUUGAUUAAAUCCAAUAAUGCUAUACAUCUGGUUGGGGAAAAAAUGGACAAAGAUUUAGGCACAUUUAAAAACUUCACAAAGGAUAAACCAUGUAUAUAAUAAAAGAAAUCACUGAAGUUUAUUUUCGAUGGAUACUGUCAAAUGUGUGUGAUUGUGUAUUGUAACAUGACGUGUAUUAAUUAUGUUAUUUUUUUGUACAUGUAAUAAAGU